AUGGCUACAAACGAUGAUUACGAAGAAAAUCUACAAAUAUUAGUAAAAAAGCAACUUGAAGAGCAAGAAAAAAUGGAACAAAAACUCCAACAACUUCGGGAUGAAAUCGAAAAAAUAAAACGUGAAGCUGAAGAAAUAGAACUGACCAAGGAGAGUAAAUAUCAAAAUAAAAUCGAAAAAAUGAAAAGUGAAGCUUGGGAUAUAAACCAAAUCCAAGUAGCAAUAGAUAAACAUAAAAUCAACAAAAGGAUACGUGAACUUGCCGUAUUAAUGAAAAUCGAAAAAACAAAAGAACAAAUCGGACCAGUAAAACAACAACUCUUAGAAACAGAAAAACGAUUCAACGAAAUCAAACUUCGGGAAAUAAAUGAAAAAAUUCGUGAAGAAUUUGAUCAUUUAAUUUUUAAUUUAUUAAAUACAUCGAAUAAUAAUACAUCACUGAAAUAUUUAAAUACAUCUUCUUCAUAUUAUUUAGAAGAUAAGUUUAAUCCUGAUUGUACAUUUAUAUAUAAAAAUAUAAAUAUCAAAAUUAAUAAAGAAGAUUCAUUUUUACAAGAUUUUAUUGUUUGUAUUGGUAAUUUAAAAUCUCCAAAUAUUUCUUUAUCAGAAGAUUCAAUAAUUGAAGAAAUAUUACAUUAUUUGAAAAUUAUAUUGACAAUUCAACAUCGUGAAAUCAUACAUGGUUUUCUAAGUAAUUAUACACAUAUCAAAUUUUUUCGUGUACACAAGGAUGAUUAUUCGAAUUCAUAUGAAUAUUUUCAAAGUCAAGAAUUCGAAAUGUUUAACUAUUUGUCUGAAACAUUAUCGUCUAUUGAUACGUCAGUAAUAACUGAAAAUAAAAGAAAAUUAGGUGUUAAUAAAGAUACAUGGAAAAUGUUUAUAAAGUUUUUAAUGGUUUUUGGCUAUUAUGAUUAUGAAGGAUUAGAAAUAGAACCUAAUGAUGAUUUACUUGGUGAUCGAUAUAUGUUAACAAAAAAAUUAGUAAAUGGUUACAAUACAAUGUCUUAUUUAUUAGAAAAAAAUCAAGAUAAUCAUUCAACUGAAGAUUCUUCACAUUAUGUAAUGAAAAUAUUAGAAACAAAUGGAGAUUCAGAACUUUUAUUAAAUGAAGUUAAAAUAACAAAAAUAUUAAAAAGAUUUAAUAAUUCAAACAAAUUUCAUUUAUUUUUUCAAAAUAUUAUUGAUCGACCAUCAUCUUCAAUUAACCAUUUAUUAUAUGAAAAAGAAUUACAAUGUAUAGAAUCAUUUUCUUUAAUACAAGCAAAACAAUUUAUUGAUAUAAUUCAUUAUCUAUAUGACUGUCGUAUUAUUCAUCGUGGUGUAACUCCAAAAAAUUUAAUGUUAGAUCGUGAUACUAAUCAUAUAAAAUUAAUUGAUUUUAGUUUUGCCAUUCAAUGUAAUAUGGCUAACAAAGGGGGCAUUUUAACUGGAAACCGCUAUAAUGAUUAUUGUUAUGAACCAACUUUUGAUUUAAUAUCUGCAUUAAAUAUUAUAAUGACGAUGAAUAAUGUUGAUAUCAAACAAAGUAUUGAUUCAAUUGAUAUAUUAGAAGAUGAAAAGGAACGUAUAUCACAAUCAUUACAAUUAUGGAAAGAUAUUCUACGUACAAAUAAACAUUAUUCAAAUUUAUUGAAUUUAAUAAACAAGUUGGAUAUAGGGGAUUCAUUUUAUAAAUCAGAUGAAUUAUCCGUUUCUGAUAUUUUAAAAGAUGAAUCAAUUGAAUCAGAUCAAUCUUCAAUUUCCAAUGUUUCAAUAGAUGAAUCAAUUGAAUCAGAUCAAUCUUCAAUUUCCAAUGUUUCAAUAGAUGAAUCAAUUGAAUCAAAUCCAUCUUCAAUUUCCAAUGUUUCAAUAGAUGAAUCAAUUGAAUCAGAUCAAUCUUCAAUUUCCAAUGUUUCAAUAGAUGAAUCAAUUGAAUCAGAUCAAUCUUCAAUUUCCAAUGUUUCAAAAAACCAAUCAGAUCCAUCAGCAAUUUUUGAUGUUAUAAAAGAUGAAAUAGAAAAAAUUUUCGAUAUAUGA